UUGCCCAAACACCUAGUAACUCCUUAUUUAGCUAUCUUGGUUUGUUGUACCAUAGGCAUGUAACAUCUUCUGUAUCAUCACCCAGCAUUCUGAAAAAGUGACGAGUUGUAGGAGCCUCCUUUCAGCAGAAGUAAAGAAUUCUGACUUUGGAUUACUGGUACUCAUCUCCAAAAAUGCAGCUGCACAGCCUUGUCCUGACAUCUGCCAUUCUCAUCACGGCCAUCUGGUCUUGUCUAGCCGAGGAGCCCACCAAGACGACCUUCUGUAUAGAUACGCCAGGAAGGAAUGGACGAGAAGGAAGACCUGGGCCCCCUGGCCCGAAAGGAGACAAGGGAGACACAGGUAGACCUGGCCUACCUGGAAACUUAGGACCACCAGGCCCACGAGGAGCAGCAGGCCUAAAGGGUGAGAGGGGAUUACCAGGACCCCAAGGCCCAUCUGGAUAUCAUGGACCUUCAGGACCUGUAGGUGCACCAGGCGCACCAGGCCCAAGGGGGCCUCCACCUGACAUGAAGAUCAUCACAAAACUGGAGGAACAAAUUCAAGCAUUGAAGCUCAGUAUCUCUAAUCCGGAUAAGCGCUUUCUGUUUACCCACUGGAGCAAACAUGGACAGAAGAGAUUUGCUACCAAAGACGAUGAGCUAAACUUUGAACAGGGUGUGAAGCUCUGUCAAGAAGCUGGUGGACAAAUUGCCACACCAACCAGUAUGGAAGAGAACAAGGCGUUAACAAAGCUCAUUAAAUCAGACGGAAUGGCAUACCUUGGCCUGAAUGAUAAGAAAACAGAAGGCACAUUUGAAGACGCCAGCGGGAAUCCAGUGAAAAUCAUUAACUGGGCGCCAGGAGAGCCCAGUAAUGACCAAGACGAUGAGGACUGCUCUGCGAUAGCGUCUGACGGUACUUGGAGUGACGUUCUGUGUACUGGGAGUUAUACCAUAAUUUGUCAGUUUACGGAAUAUUAAGCACGACAGACGCAGGUUGAGGCUUAAGAUACACAAUUAACCUUUCAUUCUUUAUCUACAUGCAUUCUGUCAUAUUUUCAGUUAGAAACAAUUCUAGUACUUUAGUAUUGAUGUUAAAUUCACAGAAGUGUUUGCCUAACUAGAACAGAAGGGCACUUUUCUAUACUGCAGCUACAUAGAUAACGCUAGCUUCUGUUGAUCUCCUAUGAGCUAACAUGUUAAUGGAACAUUCCUGACACCCUGCUAACCUGAACCCCUCACCCAAAUUUUUAAUUCUCCUAAAAAUACCACCAGGGGACGCU